CCACCUUUGGUAAGUUGCCUGCGGGGGUGGGAAAGGCUGCCCGUCACCGUGCCAACUUCUCUUUCGCGCCUACCAGGCGGCAGCAGAUCCAUCAUGUUUUGCUCGACGGUGGUCACACGGUUCUCAUGAUAUAUCCCCUUCCAAAUCCUUCGCCUCGUCUACCAAAACCGCGUGCCCCAUUGCCACCCACGCGUCGCUCAUCCGUUUCAGCUUCCUCCCUCUCUAACUCCCAACUUCCUCUUUCUUUGAUUUGCUUCGCCUUCCGUUUCUUCUUCCUUCCCUUGCUCGUCUCUCGGCCUUUCUCAUCAGUCAUUUCCGCAUUCAUCUUUGCAAGCUCGCAGUCCACCAGUGAGAGCAGAGAUGAGGCCCAUCAUUUAGCAAACAGAGACAUAUCUACAUAGGAGAGAGAGAGAGAGAGAGAUCUGGUGCGCGGAAGGAGAAAGGAGAAGAUGGUGUUCUUCUGCUUCCUAGUGGAUCAGCGGCGGAGGGUGAGGAGCAGCAAGCCGGCGGCAGGGAUCUGCUCGCGCUGCGGUGCCUGCGCGAGCGUCGCCGACAUGGUGACGUGCACGCGCUUCUGCUACGUGACCGUUCAUCGUAAGGCCUGGCGGGCCAUCAUUUGCACCUUCUGCGGCGCCCUCCUCAAGUCCUACAACCGGUAGAUAUAUAGUCGAUGGAUUUGCACAGACCACCUAUGAGAUCUAUGCAUGUAGGCUGAGAUCUACGAGGACCAUUUGUUUCUUGGUCGCAUGAGAUGGGAUCGACGGAGCGCUUGCCUUUUGAUUUCCGUUGUGAGAUUGUGUGUAUAUAUGAUGGUUAGUUUGAUGCAAUUGUUCUUCUAAAAGAAAA